UUCCUCCUCCUCCGCCUCCUCCUGCUCCUCCUUCGCCGCCGGACACGCAGCCGCAGGCCGGGGCCGGGACGCAGCUGGGGAGUCAGGGACGCGCGCAGCCCGCCCUUCCCCCUUCGGCUCCCGCACCGCCGGCCGCCUCCCCUCGCCCUCCUCCUCUCCCCUCCCUGCUCCUUCGCUUCUCCUCCUCCUCCUCUCCCGGCCCCGGCUACCAGCACCAUGUCCGCAGGGGGAGAUUUUGGGAACCCACUGAGAAAAUUCAAGUUGGUGUUCCUGGGGGAGCAGAGCGUCGGGAAGACGUCUCUGAUCACGCGGUUCAUGUACGACAGCUUCGACAACACAUACCAGGCAACCAUUGGGAUUGACUUCUUGUCAAAAACCAUGUACUUGGAGGAUCGUACGGUGCGGCUGCAGCUCUGGGACACAGCGGGCCAGGAGCGAUUCCGCAGCCUGAUCCCCAGCUACAUCCGGGACUCCACAGUGGCCGUGGUGGUGUACGACAUCACAAAUCUCAACUCCUUCCAGCAGACCUCUAAGUGGAUUGAUGACGUCAGGACAGAGAGGGGCAGCGACGUCAUCAUCAUGCUGGUGGGCAACAAGACGGACCUGGCUGACAAGAGGCAGAUAACCAUCGAGGAGGGGGAGCAGCGCGCCAAAGAACUGAGCGUCAUGUUCAUCGAGACCAGCGCAAAGACUGGUUACAACGUGAAGCAGCUCUUCCGACGCGUGGCAUCGGCUCUGCCUGGAAUGGAGAAUGUCCAGGAGAAAAGCAAAGAAGGGAUGAUCGACAUCAAGCUGGACAAACCCCAGGAGCCCCCGGCCAGUGAGGGCGGCUGCUCCUGCUAAUGCAGCCGGACCUGCCGGCUUCCUUCGACACUACUCGCUUGUUGUGUUGCUUCCUAUUGGUUAGCUUCCUAAGGGGGGUGGGAAAUGAGCUUAU